AUGCCUCAGACACACGUCCUUCAGCAGCAGACACAGAGAUCAAGAUCUACAGUCUCCUGCCAGUUGUGUUUGAGAGUCCCUCUACAUCUUAGCCUGUGGCUCACUGGGCUCUUUGGUCCCUUGUUUACUCUGGAGCUGCAGGGGAAGAGUGUGACUGAAAAGGCAGGUUCUCCACAAGCAAGAUCUGUUCUUCAGCAGUGUCUCUAUGCAAUGCUUCAAGUCAAACGUGCAGAUGAUCAAUCUGAUGCUGAAUGGGUGGAGAUUGACAGAGGGAUGGUAUAUAUCUGCUUUUUCAAAUGUGCUACAGAGGACAUUAUCCCCAAAAUGGCGAACACUCUGUGUGAGGCUGACUCUGGGAAGUAUGUGUCAGUGCUGGACCUGCCUGGGAGCGUUCUCAUCGUGCCUCAGGCUACACUGGGAGGCAAGGCCAAAGGGAAGGGCAUGCAGUACCACAAUAACAUUGGGAAAGAAGAGGGCCUGCAGCUGUAUUCUAACUUUGUCUCCUUCUUUGAGAAGGAACUGGCUUUGUCCAGUAAGAGUAGUAAGAUUGCAACCAACAUCAAACAUGGAACUUAUGGGAACAGACAAGUGCUGAAGCUGGAUACCAACGGACCAUGCACACACCUGAUGGAGUUUUGA